AUGAAAGCUCUAGGUUUAAUAGGUGUUGUUUGUGCAACAUAUGCGCGUGCCUUCUCAAUUCAGGAGCACUUUGAAGGAAACCCGCCUUCCUUGAUGAAUCAACUGUACGACGAGAUUCUACAGCCGCACGAUGGAAAGAGCAUGUCAUCGCAAGCACUAAAGUCUUAUCACCUUGCGGAAGAUGAAGAGCCACUCUUCAAGGAAAUGUGCUCUUUUUAUGAAGAGCAUAGAUAUGAGUAUCCUGAUGACAGUUUCUUAUCAGAUAUACAGUUAUUCUCCGGCAUUGUGACAUUUGCCCAUGUCCCAAUUGCUCGCUGUUUCGAGCAUUUAGGUUCUAAAAAAGCUCCUCAAUAUGAUAUUGCAAUUGUGGGAGCACCAUUUGAUACCUCGGUGUCUUAUCGUCCAGGCGCCCGUUUUGGACCUAAUUCAAUCAGACAGGGUUCCCGUAGACUAGGUAAGGGUAUUCUCCCAGUUCGUGGUUUUCCAGGAUCAAAACUGCGCAAGCUAGAUCCAUACAAUUCUGGUUACAAGAUUGUCGAUUGUGGUGACGUUCCUAUGACACCUUUCGAUAAUAGAAUCGCACUAAAUCAAUUGUACAGAGGACAAAGAGCGAUUCACAACCAUAGUACGGUUAAAGAGGAUUUGAAGGCGCCAAAGGUCAUUACUUUGGGAGGUGACCAUACAGUAACUCUUAUGGCCUUGAAAUCUGCCUACGAGCAUCAUGGUCAGAUGGCAGUAAUUCACUUUGAUUCUCAUAUUGACACUUGGGACCCUAAGGUACUCGGUGGUGGUAUUACCAAAAGACAGAGUAUUAAUCACGGAACUUUCCUACAUUUUGCACAUGAAUGGGGCUACAUCAAGGAUGACAAAUCAAUGCACGUUGGAAUUCGUGCUCCUUUCCUUGAUCCUUCUGAUGAGCAGCAUGACCAAGACUGUGGUUUCGAGAAAAUUGUUGCACGCGAUUUCGACAUUUACGGUUUCAAGGAAAUUGUACGCCAAAUUAAGGAGAGAGUUGGUGAUUUGCCUGUGUAUUUGACAAUUGACAUUGAUGUUCUUGAUAUUUCUGUAGCGCCUGGAACAGGUACUCCUGAGCCAGGUGGACUUACCGCAAGAGAAUUAUUGACAGUGUUAGAUGGUUUAGAGGGUUUGAAUAUUGUGGGUGCUGAUGUGGUCGAAGUUUUACCUGCUUUUGACAGUAAUGGCGAGAUUACGUCCAUUGUAGCUGCUCAAGUCAUUGAUUCAAUCCUGGGACUGAUGACCGUGCAAUAG